UCAAGACACAACUCCCAAGUGAAAGCAAUGAAAUAUUAACCGGACCAUACAUAUUCCCCUACACUCCACCACACUAAUCUACACUACUCCAAACACGCUAGCCGUCGAUUCACCCUUCAUCUGUAAAACAUUUUUUUCACUCCCAUCUUAAAUACACAACAGACAUACAAACAACAAAAAAAGAGAGAUUAUUAAAAAAAACAUGUCGUUUCCCAACCCAUAAACCAUGUGUCGUCAUUCCUCCACCAUACAACCACCAUGUCCGCCGUCGUGAACCACCGGUCAACUCCGGUUGAAGAUUCGUUCGUUGACUCACUCAUCGCCGGUGAAUCCGAUUAUUCUCCGGUUUCUGACUACCUUCUCCGAUCUGUCCAUGUCACCCACCGUCAAGAUUCUAUUAACUGGAUUCUCAAUGCUCACGCACAUUAUCAUUUUCACCCAUUAACCGCGGUACUUUCCGUCAACUAUUUUGACCGGUUCCUCUCCGCCGCACCCGCCUCUCUCGAGUGGGAUAAUGGAUGGAAAUUCCAAUUAUUAUCAGUGGCGUGUUUUUCUCUAGCUGCUAAAAUGGAGGAGCCUGAGGUACCUUUGCUAUUGGAUCUCCAAGUUUCGGAGCCCCGAUUUGUAUUCGAACCGAAAUCUAUACAGAAAAUGGAGCUUUGGGUGAUGGAGAAACUCAAUUGGAGGCUCCGAUCGGUCACUCCAUUUGAUUUUAUCGAUUAUUUCGUAUACAAGCUUCCGCAAUCGUCUUGUGCCAACGAACACCGUUUCUAUUGCCAAUGCUCGGAUCUUAUCGUCAAAACCAUCCGUGUGAUUGACUUCAUGAGGUUUCGGCCGUCGGUGAUUGCGGCGGCGGCGGUGGUUUCGGCGGCCGGAGAAGGUGUGGAAAUACCGGAAAGUUACUACGAGAAAGUCGACAAAGAAAUGGUGAGAAGCUGUCAUCAACUAAUGGAGGAGUACUUGGUGGACACGUGUCCAUCGGUCAGAAAGCAAUGGAGAUCUGAUGAGCGGCCGGCUGCGAGCCCUGACGGCGUCUUGGAUGCCGCAACUUGUGUUAGUUGCGACACCCGUUCAGACGAUCUUCAGAUCGUCCGAACAAGGUUAACGGGAGACCAAGACAGAGAAGCGAAGCGAGCAAGGCCUAAUGUACAGGAAGAACAACCAUAGUGAAGCAAUUUCUUAAUUUCAAUUAUUAUAUGUAUUAGUUAAAAAUAUGAACUUUAUCUUUCUUUUUUUCUUGUUAAGAUUAAAGUUUUGAUAUAA